GCGAGCCUUGGUGGUAUCUGACCGGCUGCGGACUCGCCUAUUCUGUGCUGUUGUGCUUCUCCUCCUCUUCCUCAGCUCCUUCGACUGUCCUCCUCCUCCUCCUCCUCCUCCUCAUCUACCCUUCGGCAGUCCGUCGGUAUGCAGUGAGGUAACAGAUUCCCGCGCUAGGGAAUUCCCCCGUGGAGUAGCUGCAUUUUGUUGACCGUUGACAAGGCGGAGGGGCGUGGUGAUUUGGCGGUUAGCGCUCGUAAGUUGUGGGACCAGGCGGGACAGGAUCUGUGCUGCUGCCGAGUCAUCGUCUCGCUUGCUGGAGCGUUGCCUGGGUAAAGGAAGGAAAGGAGUGGAACGAAGGAGGGAGCAAGGAGAGGAGAGGAGAAAGGGUUGGUGGUGGUGGUGGCGUUGAGGAGGAAGACUCUGAGGAGGCGUGAUAUUAAUGCAAACCAUCCCGACGUAGGGAGCGGCUGGGAGGAGGCGCGGAGGAGGCCCAACUGCAGAAAGAAGGGUGGUUUCUCGGAAAAAAAGGCGGGACUGCGAUGCUCUCAUCCUGAGAGCGGCGGGAACACAAACACGCAAAAAAAAGGUAAAGAGCAAGAGCGGCGGAGAGGAUUCUGGAGGAGGAGCAGCUGAACUUCUUGAUUCUUAACUAAUUAGGGUCGAAGUCGAAGUGAUGUCAGGUCCUAAUUACUUUGGGGGUGGAGGUUUUGGCGGGUCAGGUAGAGGGAGAGGUGGCAUGGGAGGCUGGAGGGCCGCUGCCCUGGGCGGGGCCGUAGGCGGACCUGCUGGUUUCGGUUACGGUAAUGGCGGGGCUUUGCCGGACUGGCGGCCGUACGGAAUAUAUAGCGGGCUAAUAAGAAGCGCGGGCUUUGGGGGCAGCAAUGCUGUUGGUCGUGGGCUUGGGGUAGGAGUGUACCGAGGAGGAGGCGGUUAUUUGGGCGGGAUGCCGUGGCAGGUUAGCGGCAGGUUAACUGGCGCUCGAGGAGGACCUCGCGCGCGGGGGGCUAGGAGCCGUGUAGGUGGUUCCACUGGGAAUGGUCAGGCGGGGACAGUUACGACUCCCUCUCAGAAGGCACAGAAGAAGAGACAGAAACAGAAGAAGGAAGAUGGAGAGGGCGCCAACGGGAAGUCUCCAGGUCAAGAGAAGAGAUCGCCAACAACAUCCACAGGUGGAGGAGGAGGUGGGGAUGGUGGGAAAGCUGGGGCAGGAGGAGGAGGAAGAGGAGGGAGGAGGGGAGGGCGGAGAAGGCCUGCGUUAACGAAGGAGGACUUGGAUGCAGAUCUGGACGCGUGGCUGAAGAAGGACAAGAAAAGCGCGGGAGAGUCUCUAGACGAUGAGCUUGACGAGUAUUUCAACGAUCGGCAGGCGAAGAAGAGAAAACGUGAGGAGGAGGAGAAGGAGGAUGGCUCAACGCCGACCGUUGUGGAUGGCGACGCGAACCAUGGUGCGGAUGCGAAAGAGAACGCAGAGCAGGAGCAAGGCGAUGCUGGAGUAGGCGAUGACGAAGCGAAGGAUACGUUGGACGAAGAGAAAGCUGCGGCUGAGGAGGACGAAGAGGAAUUGCUUGUCGGCGACGGCGAAGUAGCAGAGGAAGGGGUUGAAGCAGAAGAAGGUGGUGAAGGAGAAGAAGGGGGUGAAGGAGAAGGAGAGGGGGGCGAAGGAGAAGGAGAGGAGGAAGACGAAGACGAAUGGGGGGAGGGAGCAGGUGAACUAGGAGCAGAAGCAGAAGGAAUGGAAGAACAAGGUGGCGAAGAAGAAGAAGAAGAAGGAGAAGAAGAAGAAGCAGCAGCAGAAGGAGAAGGUGAUGGAGGAGACGAAGAAGAAGAUCAGGAUCAGGACGGACAAUAUGAGGUCGUGGAAGAAGAAGAUAUGGAAGCUCAGGAAUAGUUCAAAGAACAUGGAAGGCAUGGAAGCUGACGAGUUUCGAAGAACAUUAUAGCUGGGGAUAGA